AUGAGACUAUUGAGGAGCAUAGCGACGGUCAUCGUCAGCACACUAUGUUUAUCCGGGGCCGAUGCACAUUCAACGCAGCGGAACCCAAUAAGAUAUCUAUCGCCCGUAGAUAACGCGGCUUUUCGUACGCCGUCGAAUAGAGUAAAUGCCCUGUCAGAUUUCUCGGUGACGUUUGAUCUCCAUGGAGGGAAGCGGAGGGUAAAGUUGGUCCUGACGCCGAAUCACGAUGUUAUUUCCGACAGUGCGACCAUUUCUUACCUUGCUCCCGAUGGAUCGGUGAAGCAUGCCGAGCCUGUUGAUAGGUUAGAGUACCGGGUUUUCAAGGGGAAGACGGUGGUGCAGCGAUAUGAGGGCGCGGAGUGGGAGAAUGUUGGCUGGGCUCGGAUACUCGUCCAUCGGGAUGGCAAGCAUCCUCUGUUCGAAGGCGCCUUUCGAGUCGAUGGAGACCAUCAUCAUAUUCAGACCACGACGCAUUACAUGCAGACAAAACAUGAGUUAGAUCCCAUACCAGAGCACACGGAUGGCGAGCAUAUGGUUGUGUGGAGGGAUUCCGAUGUUAUGAGUGGGAUUAGUGGGGAUAGCGAAGGGCGUUUCCAUGGCGAGUUGAAGAGAAGUCUUUCGGGGGAAUCUUCUUGCUCGGCCGAUAAGUUAAGCUUCAACACUCAACUCGAUCAUCCCGUAUACAGGGCGAUGGUGAAGCGGGAGGACACGUUCUGGGGCUCAGCCUCGACCCGAUCGAUCUUCGGCCGCCAGAUUGACGGCCAAACGUUCGGAAACUCGGCUGGUGUAAAUCUGGCCAGCACGAUUGGACAAACUACUGGAUGCCCAUCUACUCGCAAGGUCGCUCUGGUGGGUAUAGCUACUGAUUGUACCUACACCGCGGCUUUCAACUCUUCAGCAACUGCUCGCGCGAACAUUAUCUUGGCCCUCAAUACCGCCUCCACGCAGUAUGAGGAUUCUUUCAACAUUACCCUAGGUCUCCAAAAUCUUACCAUCAGCGACGCUGCCUGCCCUGCUACGGCACAACCCGCUGCUCCCUGGAAUGUUGGUUGCAGUGAUAGUGUGAAAAUCCAGGAUCGAUUGAAUCUCUUUUCGGCAUGGAGAGGCCAGCGACCAGAUAACAACGCCUACUGGACGCUUCUCAGCACCUGCGCGACUGGAUCAGCUGUUGGGCUGGCGUGGUUGGGUCAGGCUUGUGUCAACACUGCACAAUCCCCAACUGCUAGUGGUAAUAAUGAGACUGUCACUGGAGCCAAUGUAGUCGUUAGGACGAGUACCGAAUGGCAGGUCAUUGCUCAUGAGACUGGCCAUACCUUUGGUGCCGUUCACGACUGCACGUCCCAAUCAUGCGCUGAUGGACAGACCGUUGCAUCCCAGCAAUGUUGCCCGUUGAGUGCCACGACUUGUGAUGCUGCUGGAGCUUUCAUCAUGAAUCCUAGCACCGGGGCCAAUAUUCAGAAGUUCUCUCCCUGCACUAUUGGCAAUAUUUGCGCGGGCUUUGCCAGGAAUAGUGUGAAGACGAACUGUUUGCUGGCAAAUAAGGACGUGACUAUUAUUACAGCCAGUCAAUGUGGGAAUGGCAUCGUCGAGUCUGGUGAGGAUUGUGAUUGUGGUGGACCAAAUGGAUGCGGCUCCAACCCGUGCUGUGAUCCAGCGACUUGCAAGUUCAAAAACAGUGCCGUCUGCGAUCCAAGCAAUGAAGACUGCUGUACUACCUCUUGCCAGUUCGCAGGCAGUGGCACUGUUUGUCGGGCAAGCACAGGCGUCUGCGAUCCUCAAGAAGUGUGUAGUGGUACAGCAGCAACUUGUCCACCUGAUGCUACUGCACCCGCAGGAACAUCAUGUGGCAACUCUAGCUCCCUCGAGUGCUCUUCAGGCCAAUGCACAUCCCGCGAUCUUCAAUGCAAGUCAAUAAUGGGUUCAUUUACGCAAGGAAAUGAUACCUAUGCUUGCUCCCCAUCUGGCUGCCAGAUCUCCUGCGCCUCUCCAGAAUUUGGCGCAAACGUCUGCUACAAGAUGCAACAGAACUUCCUCGAUGGAACCUCCUGCCAGGGCGGCGGAAGAUGUGAAAAUGGAAACUGCAAGGGCUCUAGCGUGGGCAAAGAGAUUACAAGUUGGAUAAAUAGCAACAAGACGCUUGUGAUAGCUCUCUCAUCCGUCAUCGGUGGACUCAUAGUACUCUCUAUCCUGUCAUGCUGCAUCAGUAAAUGCAGGAGGAGGAGAAACAUCAAGGCGAGACAGAACAAGCCCCCCUUACCGCCAGGAUGGCAGGGUCCGCCUCCCGUCAACCAAUGGAACUUUCCACCAGCAGUUCCGCAUGCAAGCUCGAGAAGGCUUAGUAGUCGCGAUCCAGGGUGGGGACAAGAGCCUAGCACAGGAUGGAGACCACCGCCACCAACGUGGCAACCUCAGCCGUCAGUUAGGUACGCAUGA